AUGAGUGGCUGGCUGACUCUUCUCUACGUGGCGACUGCUCUCGGCCAAGUCAUGCUCAACCUCAGCCUAGGACCGGACAUGUACACUAUCCAUCGUCGUCGAAACAUCGGAGAGCUCCUUCCACUCUAUGCUCGUCAACUGAUGUGCUAUGGCAUUUUGCUGAACAGCAUCUUCCCGACGGCAGCCUCACAGGCGGUCGGCCAGCUCGCUGCGAUUGUGUUCAACGCCAUCUACUUCAAGUGGAGCCCGGCACAAACGCGCAGGGACGCGUUCAAGCUGUACGUGGGAGGAGCCGUACUCCACUGCUACUUCGUCUUGGUCCUUGCUCGGGUUACAGGCCAAACGAACUACGAGGCGAGUAACGUCGUGGGAUAUGCCGCAGUCGUCAUCAACAUCUGCAUGUUUACCUCCCCACUCGCCACGUUGAAGCACGUGGUGACGACCAAGUCGGCCUCCUCCAUCCCGAUCAACCUCAGCGUCAUGAUCUUCACGUCUUCGGCGCUGUGGGUUGCGACGGGUCUGCUUGAUAGCGACUACUUUAUCACGGGGCUCAACGCUGCUGGCGUUGUGCUGGGUGGCAUACAAAUAAUGAUGUACUAUAUCUAUAGACCCGGUCGAGGUGUCAACGUGCUGCCGGACCGAGAGUACGGUGCGAUUAGAGAUCAGUUGUCCGCUGUGUCGCCGACAUCCAAGAGCGCCAUACAAGCCCUUCUCAUCGCCGGUUGA